AUGAUGAAACCUUCCAUAGCUGAGAUGCUUCACCGAGGGAGGAUGUUGUGGAUAAUUCUUCUAAGCACAAUCGCUCUAGGAUGGACUACCCCGAUUCCCCUGAUAGAGGACUCAGAGGAAAUAGAUGAGCCCUGUUUUGAUCCAUGCUACUGUGAAGUUAAAGAAAGCCUCUUUCAUAUACAUUGUGACAGUAAAGGAUUUACAAAUAUUAGUCAGAUUACUGAGUUCUGGUCGAGGCCUUUUAAACUGUACCUGCAGAGGAAUUCAAUGAGGAAAUUAUAUACCAACAGUUUUCUUCAUUUGAAUAAUGCUGUGUCCAUUAACCUUGGGAACAAUGCAUUGCAGGACAUUCAAACAGGAGCUUUCAAUGGUCUUAAGAUUUUAAAAAGGCUAUAUCUUCAUGAGAACAAACUAGAUGUUUUCAGAAAUGACACCUUCCUUGGCUUGGAAAGUCUGGAAUAUCUGCAGGCAGAUUACAAUGUCAUUAAACGAAUUGAGAGUGGGGCAUUUCGAAACCUAAGUAAAUUGAGAGUUCUGAUUUUAAACGAUAAUCUCAUCCCCAUGCUUCCAACCAAUUUAUUUAAGGCUGUCUCUUUAACCCACUUGGACCUACGUGGAAACAGGCUAAAGGUUCUUUUUUACCGAGGAAUGCUAGAUCACAUUGGCAGAAGCCUGAUGGAGCUCCAGCUAGAAGAAAAUCCCUGGAACUGUACAUGUGAGAUUGUACAACUGAAGAGUUGGCUGGAACGCAUUCCUUACACUGCCUUGGUGGGAGACAUCACCUGUGAGACCCCUUUUCAUUUCCAUGGAAAGGACCUGCGAGAAAUCAGGAAGACAGAACUCUGUCCCUUGUUGUCUGACUCUGAGGUGGAGGCUAGUUUGGGGAUACCCCACUUGUCAUCAAGCAAGGAGAAUGCAUGGCCAACCAAGCCUUCCUCAAUGUUGUCUUCUGUCCAUUUUACUGCUUCUUCUGUUGAAUACAAGUCCUCAAAUAAACAGCCUAAGCCUACCAAACAGCCCCGAACGCCAAGGCCACCCUCCACAUCCCAAGCUUUAUAUCCUGGUCCAAACCAACCUCCCAUUGCUCCUUAUCAGACCAGACCACCCAUUCCCAUUAUAUGCCCUACUGGGUGUACCUGUAAUUUGCACAUCAAUGACCUUGGCUUGACUGUCAACUGCAAAGAGCGAGGAUUUAAUAACAUUUCUGAACUUCUUCCAAGGCCAUUGAAUGCCAAGAAACUGUAUCUGAGUAGCAAUCUGAUUCAGAAAAUAUACCGUUCUGAUUUUUGGAAUUUUUCUUCCUUAGAUCUAUUGCAUCUGGGGAAUAAUCGUAUUUCUUAUGUCCAGGAUGGGGCCUUCAUCAACCUGCCCAACCUAAAAAGCCUCUUUCUCAAUGGCAAUGAUAUAGAGAAGCUGACACCAGGAAUGUUCCGAGGCCUACAGAGCUUGCACUACUUGUACUUUGAGUUCAAUGUCAUUCGGGAAAUACAGCCUGCAGCCUUCAGCCUCAUGCCCAACUUGAAGCUGCUAUUCCUCAACAAUAACUUGCUGAGGACCCUACCAACAGACGCCUUUGCAGGCACAUCCCUGGCCCGGCUCAACUUGAGGAAGAACUACUUCCUCUACCUUCCUGUGGCUGGUGUCCUGGAACACCUGAAUGCCAUUGUCCAGAUAGACCUCAAUGAGAAUCCCUGGGACUGUACUUGUGACCUGGUCCCCUUUAAACAGUGGAUUGAAACCAUCAGCUCAGUCAGUGUGGUAGGUGAUGUGCUCUGCAGAAGUCCUGAGAACCUCACCCAUCGUGACAUACGUACUAUUGAGCUGGAAGUUCUUUGCCCAGAGAUGCUGCAUACUGCACCAGCUGGAGCAUCCCCAGCACAGCCUGGAGAUUCCCACCUUGUUGGGGGACCAACAAGUACAUCACCGUAUGAGUUCUCUCCUCCUGGGGGCCCUGUGCCACUUUCUGUGUUGAUUCUCAGCCUGCUGAUUUUAUUUUUCUCAGCAGUCUUUGUUGCUGCAGGCCUCUUCGCCUAUGUGCUCCGACGGCGCCGGAAGAAGCUACCCUUUAGAAGCAAGCGGCAGGAAGGUGUGGACCUUACUGGCAUCCAAAUGCAAUGCCACAGGCUAUUUGAGGAUGGUGGAGCUGGUGGCGGUGGAAGUGGGGGUGGAGGUCGACCAACUCUUUCCUCCCCAGAGAAGGCCCCUCCUGUCGGUCAUGUGUAUGAGUACAUCCCCCACCCAGUUACCCAGAUGUGCAACAACCCCAUCUACAAGCCUCGUGAGGAGGAGGAGGUGGCUGUUUCAUCUGUCCAGGAAGCAGGGGUUGCAGAACGUGGAGGUCCUGGGACACAACCGCCGGGAAUGGGUGAGGUUCUCCUAGGAAGUGAGCAGUUUGCUGAGACACCCAAGGAGAACCACAGCAACUAUCGGACCUUGCUGGAAAAAGAAAAGGAGUGGGCCCUGGCAGUGUCCAGCUCCCAGCUCAACACUAUAGUGACGGUGAAUCACCAUCACCCUCACCCUCACCACCCAGCAGUUGGUGGGGUUUCAGGGGUAGUUGGGGGACCUGGGGGAGACUUAGCUGGGUUCCGCCACCAUGAGAAGAAUGGUGGGGUGGUGCUGUUUCCUCCUGGGGGAGGCUGUGGUGGUGGCAGUAUGCUACUAGACCGAGACAGACCACAGCCAAGCCCCUGCACAGUGGGAUUUGUGGACUGUCUCUAUGGCACAGUGCCCAAAUUAAAGGAGCUGCAUGUCCACCCUCCUGGCAUGCAAUACCCAGACUUACAGCAGGACGCCAGGCUCAAAGAAACCCUUCUCUUCUCAGCUGGAAAGGGCUUCACAGACCACCAAACCCAAAAAAGUGAUUACCUCGAGUUAAGGGCCAAACUUCAAACCAAGCCAGAUUACCUCGAAGUCCUGGAGAAGACAACAUAUAGGUUCUAA